UAGGAUAUAUGUAAAAUUUUUUUUUUUUUCUUUCUCUAAAUCUCUAUUGUGCCCGUGCCCGUCUGUGCCCGACUGCCCGUCGUAUCAACUAUCAGCACUUAUUUUGCACAACAUUCCUGUUUGGUAUCGACGAACGUUAGUCGGAAGAAUUAAAAUUUAUAAUAAAAUACUACUUAAUUUGAAAUAAUAAGUGCCAUGACAGAUCCAGAAAGAGCAGACAGCAGUGACAUGGAAUCAAUUGAAGAUGAUGAUUCAAAGGUUCCCAUGUACAAUCCAUCAGAAGUACUUGCUGCUUUGCGAAAUCGUUUUCGUAUGGCUGCAGAAAUGGAGAAUCUUUCAGAACCAGUAAAACGCAAAAUUAAAGCAUUAAAGCAACUUCAACUCGUCUCUGUUAAUCUCGAGGCAAAAUUCUACGAAGAAGUACAUGCAUUGGAGGCAAAAUAUCAUCAAAUGAAUGCAAGUGUUUACGAUAAAAGAAGUAAAAUAGUUGCUGGUGUCUAUGAGCCAACAGAUGAAGAGUGCGAAUGGAAGAGCGAUGAUGAAGAUGAGGAGGAAAAACUCACUGAUGAUCUCCAAAAAAAAGUCAAGGUUACAGAUGGUAAAGUUGAAGAACAAAACAAAGAUACUAAGGGUAUUCCCGAUUUCUGGUUAACCAUAUUCAGAAAUGUUGGUAUGCUUGCUGAAAUGAUUCAGGAACAUGAUGAACCAAUUCUUAAACAUCUUUAUGAUAUCCAAGUAAUAUUCUUGGAAGGCUUAAACCCAAUGGGCUUUGUUCUUGAGUUUCACUUUGAGCCAAAUGAAUAUUUUUCAAACUCAGUUCUUACCAAGGAAUAUUUUAUGAAAUGUACACCCGAGGAAGAUGAUCCGUUUGGUUUUGAGGGACCUGAAAUAUACAAGAGUGUUGGUUGUACAAUUGAUUGGAAAAAAGGGAAAAAUGUAACAGUUAAAACAAUCAAGAAAAAUCAAAAACACAAGUCACGUGGUGCAAUGCGUUCAGUUACCAAGGUUGUACAAAAUGACUCAUUCUUCAACUUUUUUACUCCACCAGUUGUUCCAGAAGACCCAGAAGCUGAACUUGAUGAAGAUCUCCAGGCUUUAAUGACAAGUGACUUCGAAAUUGGUCAUUAUAUUCGUGAACGAAUCGUUCCACGUGCUGUCUUGUACUUUACUGGUGAAGGUCUCGAAGAUGAAGGUGACGAAUUCGAAGAUGAAGAGGAUGAUGAAGAUGAGGAAAAUUCUGAUGAAGACAUCGAUGAAGAAGAUAAUGAAGUUCCAACUGGUGGACAAAAAAAAAAUGUACAAAAAAAAAUAUCUGCUGAUGGGCAAGAGUGUAAACAACAGUAAAACGAACAAAUAAACUGCAUUUAUCUCCAAUUUCAAUCAACACAAGAGAAUUAUAUGAAAAAAUUAUCAUUCUGAAAAUCCAAUUUUAACAUGACUUACAUAAUAUUUUAUUCAUAUUAAAAACUAUUGAAUAAAAAUCAAUUAAAAAAAAAUUAGAAAAAAAAAAAAUUAUGGCAGCCAGCCUAAGCAUCGUUACAAAUUAUCUUUAUUCUUAUGAUCAGGUUCAGUCAAGAAACACCAACUAUUUCUUGCAUGUUUUUUCUAAUGAAUUGCUUAUCAAAAUAUUUUGUUGAUUUGUUUCUUACAAUAAAUUAUCAGUUUUAUCAUUUGUA